ACAGGUAGCGGGGGCCGCGGCCGGAGCACAGCGCUGCGCGACGGAGGGAGGGAGGGCGCGGAGUAAGGAGGCGGCGAGAUAGCGACCCGCAGGCACGACUCCGGAGCGCCGGCAGCGAGCGGGAGGAGCCGCUUCGGACGGAGGAAGGGAGCCGCACGCAGCGGAGCGGAGCGCGGCGCGGAUCACCUCACCCGGCCACCAGCCCCGUGCCUGCCGGCAGGAGAGAGGGGCUGCCCCUCCGCCCGCCCGCACCCCCGCUGCCCCCGCCCGUGGCGGAUGCAGCGCGCAGCCCCCGGAGCGCCGCAAUCCAGGAGGAGACGCCGAAUUUGAAGUUCUGUUGAUUCAUCAUGGGGAACCAUGUAGGAAAACGAGAACAUAGCGCUGACAAGUCAGCCAAGAAUGCUGAAACCAAAGUGGAGGAAGCAGCUAAGGGGAGUCCGAAAGGAGCAAGACUAACACAGCAAUCUUCAGAAGACAAUGAAGUAUUUGGAGAGGCAGAUGUGAACCAGAACAAUGGGACCUCCACGAAGAGCCCAGCGGUGACAGACUCCAAAGGCACAGCGGACCCGAAGAAUGCCUGGCCCCAGGCCCACCCAGCUGACACGGCCGGUCGCCCCCACUUGAUCCGCCUCUUUUCCCGAGAUGCCCCAGGGAGAGAAGACAACACCUUCAAAGAUCGGCCCUCGGAGUCAGACGAGCUACAGACCAUCCAAGAGGACAGUGCAGCAGCUUCAGAGAAUUCGGAUUUGAUGGCUUCACAAAAACGCUCCUCUUUCCGGCACGGAUCAAAAAUGGCAUCGGCAAGCACUACAGACCAUGCUCGACAUGGAUCUCCAAGGCACAGAGACUCGGGUCUACUUGACUCGCUGGGCAGAUUCUUUGGAGGUGACAGACACGUUCCCCGGCGGGGCUCGGGCAAGGAUAUACACGCAGCCAGGGCCACCCACGUAGGCUCCAUCCCCCAGAGGUCUCAGCACGGCCGGCCUGGUGACGACAACCCCGUAGUCCACUUCUUCAAGAACAUUGUCUCACCCCGUACUCCUCCCCCAAUGCAAGCGAAGGGAAGAGGACUGUCCCUCACCAGAUUUAGCUGGGGCGGUGAAGGACACAAGCCAGGAUACGGAAGUGGAAAAUUCUAUGAGCAUAAAUCUGCUCACAAGGGACAUAAGGGAUCCUAUCACGAGGGCCAGGGCACUCUGUCCAAAAUCUUUAAACUGGGAGGCUCUGGCUCCCGACCUGGAUCGCGGUCUGGCUCACCAGUUGCGAGGCGCUGAAGCUCUACGAUGCCAUUCAAGGAUCACGCACUCUGCUUCAUAAUCUAACUGCCUUAAAAUUAAUAACAACUGCAAGAAUUACCUAGCUAGACGCAGUCCAUUACUUAGUGCCAAUUAGGUUCCGCGUGCAGUAGAUGAUACGAACUUCUAUUGGCAAUCCCUGACCAACAGUUGAAUGAAAGGAACACACAAAGUAGCUUUACUAGAUGUUCUCCUUGUUUCACGUAGAGUAACAAGAUGUCUGACUUUACUCACUCUCCUUCCGGGUGCCCUAACUGUAUGCUGGACUUCAUUAUUUCUCCCAAGCACCUAAUUUGAGUUCCACUCUUCUGGUUUCAUUUUAAUGAACGUCAGAAUCGCAAAUAAAGAGUUAACGUCUUGGAUACUGAGCACUGCUGUUAAUGAGCUUUCAAAAUGCUGCUGUAAAAAAGCAAACAAACAAAAAAAAUCCACCACGUGCAGAAGUUGUAAGGACUGUUUAUCCAGAUCUUUUUUUUUUUUUUUUGAUUUGGGUCUUUGGUUUGUUUUAAUCUUCCUUCUCUCACUCACAGAAUAAUUCAUUUUCAUAACAACAGGAUUAGGCAGUCAUGGAAAGGUUCACCAAAUAUGGCGAGUUCAAGGUAUGUGAAAUGUGGGAGGGGGCAGAUGUUGUAGACUCAAUACGAUGCAGAGCAAUCGCAAUAAGGAAACGCUUUCCGCACCACCAAUUGCUCACCGCAUCCAAACCAUUAGAAUUAAGAGCAGACGAGGGAGAGAAAGAGGAUUUCAAAUUUGAGUUAGACUAAUGCUAUGAAACAAGGGAUAUUCCCAGCGACGAAACAUCAGAUUGCACACGUGACCACUGGACGUCACUGUUGCUCCACACAAACUGCUGCAAGAGCAUAAGCUUUGCAGUAAAGUAAUUAAAUAUAUACAUGAAUAAGUCUAAUUUCUGAAAGAGAGCCCUUCAGUACUGGUGUCUCAGAUAGUCCUGCACAUCUCGUGAGAGAACUUCAAACCUUGCUCUUGGUAUCGCAGCAGCGUUGUAUUUGGUUGGCUCUUCUUUUUGCCCAAAUAACACCUAGAUGCCUGUCGAGGGCAGUGCACCAAAGCAAACUCAUAGUAAACUACUGUGAACGUUUAACUGUUGUACUGUAGUUGCCUCAUAGAAAUGAAUUAUAACCGAGGUAGGUUUAGGUAUUAAUUGUUCACAGAUAACUAAAAUGAGUGUGUGGUAAUGGUAUUUCCAACCACACAUAGAGAAAUACAAGGCUCUUCUGAAUUGCACUGUUUUAUUACUUAAACUCACCAUUCCUUCACGCUCUCCUCUAAGUGUCUGAUUAAUUACUUUCUUUUUAGUUUUAGCCUGUGUUGCAGACU